UAUUUUGUAUUUAAACAAUGUUAUGUUGCGUCAAAGCCUGUGCGGGUGGACAAGCUGUGGUGCGUCAGAGUAAUCGAGUCUGAACUAUGGGUAGGCGGAACUCUAGGUCGAAUUGGGUGGGAAUUCUAAAGAGGCUUGUUGGAGCCCAGUAAAGGCUGCUAUUGUGUGUAAAUGAUCAUCAUAAGGGCAUAUGACUGCACCAGUGCUGGACAGAGGCUAGUGUGAGGGAAAUCAUUAGCAAUGCAAAGUCAUGGUGCUCUGGUUCACAGACGUCCUGGUGAAAAGUACCCCUUCUCUUCUAAUGUUAACUCCAUUGUAGCCGAUUGGGUUUUGGACAUCUAAAGACUAAGCUCCUGGACUGAGCCCACUCUGUUGCUAGUCGCUGCCUAACCCUCAGGUCACAUGCCAACUCUCGCAUUCAUGCCAAGGAUGUCCAGAUUUCUCAGCGUCCCAUUGGCCAUUGGAAGGUCACAUGACUCCCAGUGCCAGGCGCUGGUGCUCUGCUUUUAAGCUGCCGCGCACCAGUCAGGCAGGCACAGAGGGGUCGUCUCUAUGCCGAGUCUUGCCCAAUGCCCAUCCUUCAGCGGCGGGUCCACGUCACCCUCCACCCGGGCGCCCGCCCAUGCCUCUAACAUCACCUGCUGAGCCUGAGCUGGAACCAAAAAUGAACUGGGCGUCCUUUUAUGCCGUGCUCAGCGGCGUAAACAGGCAUUCCACGGGCAUCGGUCGCAUCUGGCUCUCCGUCCUCUUCAUCUUCCGCCUGCUGGUGCUGGUGGUGGCCGCCGAGAGCGUGUGGGGUGAUGAGAAGGCCCACUUCACCUGCAACACGCAGCAGCCCGGCUGCAACAGCGUCUGCUAUGACCACUUUUUCCCCAUCUCCCACAUCCGCCUGUGGGCACUGCAGCUCAUCCUGGUGUCCACUCCUGCCCUGCUGGUGGCCAUGCACAUCGCACACCGCCGCCACGUCGACAAGCGUCUGUACCGCCAGUCGGGCCGGUCCAGCCCCAAGGACCUUGAGCAGAUCAAGAACCAGAAGAUGAAGAUCACCGGCGCCCUGUGGUGGACCUACAUCAUCAGUCUCCUCUUCCGUGUGCUAUUCGAGUCAGCCUUCAUGUAUCUGUUCUACAAGAUCUAUCCUGGUUACAAGAUGUUUCGGCUGGUCAAGUGUGAUUCCUACCCCUGUCCCAACACAGUGGACUGCUUUGUCUCUCGGCCGACCGAGAAGACGGUCUUCACAGUCUUCAUGCUGGCCGUCUCUGGCAUCUGCAUCCUACUCAACAUUGCCGAGGUGGGCUACCUGGUGGCACGGGCCAGCAACCGGCAUCUUAAUGCUAAAGACUCUCCUAUUGGAGCCUGGAUCACACAGAAACUGUGUUCCUUUUAACAUGCCUCCUUAGAUUUGCUUUAGGCACUAAAGUGGAUCAAGUGCAUUAGGGUUAAUAGGAUCACUUUGUGACAGUUGUAAUCUGGGUCUAUCGACAACCACUUAGCUCCGAGCUAGUGUUAUUUCCUCCAAGGUGCUUACCAUCGUACCAGCACACAUGCAAAUGCAUCUGUAUAGGACUACAUCUGUAAAAUGGAUGCCCCCUUUUGAACUGGUGUGGGUGUGGCAGGUGAAAAGGAAACACUGAUCCACCCGUCCAUCCACUCAUCCAUCAUUGUAAAUGUUUUAAUGUCAAAUUAAUGGAAAGAUAUGUCAGAUUAGGAUGUGUGUUGUAACAUGUCAAGCCUAACUUGCGUACCAUUCUACAUACUGGGUAAAUAAUUUGUUGUUUACUGCUAGAGUAUUAAACUAUGACUUUAAUGAUGUAUAAUAUUUGUGAGGUAAUGCACUGCAUAUUGUCAUAUAAAUAGAGGCAGUCUGUAAUACUACAUGCUUUGUACUGUUGAUUAAAAGUCAUUCAGCACGGGGAUUGUACUAAUUUUAGUUUUUUUUUUCAAUUUAUGCAAAUAUACCUCCAGUUUUAUUUAAUCAUUUAAAAUAAAAUGAAAUUGAUGCUUUA